AUGUCUAAAAGAGCACGUAUAGUGCAUGACUUACCAGAUCCUAUAGACUUUGCACCAGGUAUCAAUAAUGUUGUUCUUCGGCGUGAUAAUAUUGAAUUUUAUGCUCCAGAAACAUUUCAUUCAUCAGUUUUUUAUGAUAAAACUGUUCCAAUUUUGAUUAAAGAUGUGAAAGAAAGUAAUGAUAUCUUACAGAUAUAUGGAUAUAGAGGUAUUAAUGCCCUUAGAGAUCAAGUUUUAUUGAUUAACAAUCAUCCAAUUAGGAAAAUUAGAAUCUUAGGUAAAAUUACAGAAUUUUUUAUUAAAACUUUUAAUCAAAAUCAAGAUAUAUUCUUCAUUACAAUUGAUGAUUCUUCAGGUAAUGAUAUCUUAGCUAAAUGUUCAACACAAUUUUUAAGAAACUCAAGAUUAGAUUCUGAAAAUAUGUUAUUUAAAACUGUUGAAAUAAUUGGGAAAUGUCACUUAUAUAAUGCGAAAUUUGAAUUACAUCCUGAAUCAUUAAGAAGAUUAGAUGAUAAACAAGAAGAAUACAUUGAACAUGAAAUUUUGUUCUGGAAAGAUGCAAUUCAAAUUAGAAAUAUUUUGAAAAGACCAUGGGUACAAACUUCACAGAAUGAUUAUGAUUCUAGUCCAUUAAAUGUUAGAUUGGAUCCAAGAUUACAAAGAGAAAAAUUAAUCAGAAAGCAACUAGAUUUUGGUAGUGAUGAUGAUAUAAAAUCACAAUCUAUAGUUGUUGAUUCACAAGUAUAUACAAGGAACAAAAAGAAUAAAGACGAUUAUUCUGAUGCUUUAUUCCAUGAUGAAAUUCCAAAAAUUAAUCAAAGAGAUGAUUUGGGUAUAGAAGAGAUCACAGAAAAAGUCUUUCUCAGAUCAACUUCAAAUCCAUUAAGACAUAUACAAUCAAGUAUUAAAUCUAAAGAUCAUUGGAUUAAAAUAUCACAAAUCCCAAUCAAGACAAUGAGUAUAGAAACAAGUCUUAAAUUUGAAAUAUUAAAAUGGAUAAUCAAAACUAAUAAAGAUGAAUUCAACCUUAAUGCAACGUAUCAAAAUAAGAAAAUACAUGGUAUUUUAAAAGAAUUUUCUAUAAAGAAGUUCCCACUUCAAACAAUUGAUUUGACACAACCAAAUACUAAAAUUAAAACUUCAAAUGAUAUUAAAGGUGAAAUAUUCCAUGAUAUGAGGCAUGAAUUACAAGUAUCAAAUCUCAUCAAGUGUACCAGAGAUAAACAAUGCUUUUGUGCACCAGUAUUAAAACUAUUCAAUCAUUUAUUAAGGACUUUAGAGAGUAUUAAGUUUGUUAAUUCAUCACAUGAAAAAUAUGAUAAUUGUUUAAUGGCUACAGAGUAUAUUGCAACUUUUAAUCAAGAGCACCAGCUUAAAGUCUCACUAGAUUUGGAACUUUUAAACAUAUUGAUACAAUGGACUAUCAUGAAAUAUCAAAAGGGACUUUGGGACUUUAAUAAAGAGUUGAAUUCAUGGAGAUAUUUAAAUUCUUAA